UGGUAUAGGUCGAAUGCCUGUUGGCGGGAAAGACAGCAUUUUGAUGUUGCUUCGAUAGAAACUUUACAGCGCUGAUCAAUGCAUUCACUUUGUUAAAUGAUCAUUAUUCAGAAGGGAUGAAAUAUCAUUUAUGUGAUGUAGAUAAUAUUUUGAUAGUAUGAAACUGAUAUUUAUUAGAUAAAACAAUUCAAAUUAUACUGCACAACUAUCGCGCCUAAAGAGGAAUCGCCACACACACAUCAGUCUUCUCAGAAAAUUUCAUCCAUUCGCACUUGGAAAGCAGGGCAUGAAAGUAUAUUUGCUUCGACUAGUUAUCUCCUUAGGGUGAACGUGACUGACUAACAAGGGGCGAAUCGUGUUGGUGAUGGAUUCGUUUGUGGUAAAAUGUGAUGAUGCUGCGUCAGCCAUUCACAGUCAAACUGAAAUUCAUUUGAAAUGCAGCAAUGAGCCCCCAGUGAAGAAAAUCAAACAAGAUGACACUAUUAAUGAAGAUGAAGGAGAUAAAUCCCAAGAUGUUUUGAACACUUCAGAAGAUACCCUCAAUGACUCCAAAGAUCAAAAUUUGAGUGUUGACAUGGAUACAGAUGGCUCUGACGUUCAGUCAGAUGGUAGCCCAAAAGCUGUAAAGAACAAUACUGAAAGACAAUCUGAAUCUCAAAGUGAUGCAAAAGAGGAUAAAAUAAGCCCACCAAAGCAGAAGAGGCAAAAAAUGUCAGCAGAGGAGAAAGAGCAGAGAAUGAAGGCCAAGGAGGAAGCUAGGAUAUUAAGGGAAAAGAAAUUAGAAGAGAAGAGGCAAAGAGAACAGGAGAGAGAGGAACUUAAGCAGAAACGGGAACAAGAAAGAAUUGCGAAAGAAAAAGAAAAGAAAGCGAAGAAGGAACAGUUAGAAAAGGAAAGGUUGGAAAAGCAGAAGAAGAAAGAAGAGCUUAACCAGGCCAAGGAAGAAGAACGGAAGAAAAGGGAAGAGGAAAAAAGACAAAAGGAAGAGGAAAGGAAACAAAGAGAAGAAGAGAAAAGGAAGAAAGAUGAAGAGAAGAGGAAGAAAGAUGAGGAGAAGAAGCUUAGAGAAGAGGAGGAGCAACGAAAAAAAGACAAGGUGAAAGAGUCAUUCAAAAGCUUUUUCAUAAAGAAGUCACCGCCAAAGCUUGAGACAGUUGGUGGAAAAUGCCAGAUUUUUGCUCCAUUUGAAGUGAAACCCAACAUGACUAUGGCCCCCGUUUUGCGGCGAAAGCCAGUUGAAGACAACGAAGAAUUCUCAAAGAGAAUCGAGGACCAGGCUUGUACAGAACUCUACUUAAAGGAACUCAAAGUGAGAAGCGCAGACUCGAAGAACAAGUACAAGAGUGGAAGAGCUUUAAGGCGACAAAUGCGAGACCAUCUAUACGAUUCUGUAUUGAAUGACGAAGAUCUCGUUGUUAUGGAAAAUGAGGAAAAGAAUAUAAUGGCCGUUAAAUUAUUGCAAUUUAGUGAAAAUUAUAGGCCCCCUUAUUACGGGACAUGGAAGAAAAGGAGCAAGAAGAUUACACCGAGGAAUCCAUUCAAGAAGGAUGAGAAUCUUCUGAACUACGAAAUUGACAGCGACGAAGAAUGGGAAGAAGAAGAGCCAGGAGAGAGUUUAUCGGGACCAGAGAAUGAAGACGAGGACGACGAGGAGGAAGAUAACGACGAAGAAAACGAUGGGUUUUUCGUCCCUCAUGGCUACUUAUCGGAUGACGAAGGAUUAUCCGAUGAAGACGGCGAAAAAAAGGAAGAACAUGUGGACAUACGGGAUAAAAAACUGGACAAAACGGAAGGGUUUCCAUUCGAAAACAAGGGAAAAUCCAAGCAGAUGCGGGCUACAUGCUUCGGAGUGGCUUGGUUCAAGUCCUGUGAAGAGGUGCCUGAAUUCCUUGCUGCUUACAAGAUAAAUCCAAUUGCAGAAUUACCCAUCGAUAUUUUCACAGUGAAGCAAUGCAAAGAGCUAAGGGAGGAUGCUGAACAACUCGAUAGCUGUCCUCAAUCAGCGAUUUUACGAUCAAAUAACAACACACCGUUAAAGGUGCCCGAACAAGCGAUGCCAAAAUUGAUUGAUCUUGUGCACAAAAACAGUGCUGGAUUAAACAGACUUGUUAAUACCUUCCUGGAAAUUUGGGAUAAAGAGCGAAGCAAGAAUAGCGACCAGAGAGCUUCCACGCUUCCAAGGAUUUCGAAGCGCCAAUUGGAGAAAAAGAUUCUAGAGAUCGCCGCGCGGGAUAAUUUCGGUGAGAACGGGAAAUCGUGCUACAUGGUUCACAAACACAUUUUGGAAAACUAUAAAACCGAUCUUGAUACUUUAAACCUCAGGACUAAUUUGAAUUUGAAUUCAAGCAUCGCGAGGGUGGAAAAGGAUAACACAUGUUGUAAUGAUGUUACCAUGGAAACUUUAGAUGACGAUUGCAUUAUUGUGGAAAGCGCGAAUUCGCUACAAUCACGUGGGAUUGAAGGAUCGCCCUCGCAGGGUCAGCAUCGCCAAGAGAACGAACUUGAUAAACCUCCAAUGCAAACAGAAAUUAUUGCUCUUUAGUAAGAAUGGAAAUUUUGAUUGUCACCAGUAUCUUGUUAUCUUUUGUAUAUGACUUUUUCAAUUAGGUAUAUAAUAUUGUAAUAAUUGCUCCCCAAAUGUGCAUGUUUUGUUCAGAUUUUAACGAUCUUUUUA